AUGACAGAGCUCACCAAGGAGAACCUCGACAACGGCCCGGCCUCUCCCUCCUCGAGCCAUGGCUCGCGGGCUCCUUCUCUCCACCAGCCUCAACUCUCUCGCCGCUCCAGCAUGUCUGCCGGCCAUCCGAACUCGUUCAAGCAGGUGGAUACUUCGCAGAUUGGCAUCCCAAUCGUUACUCCCCGCAAAGAGCGCCCCUCUCACAAGCGUUCCCUCACCGGCUCCUACUUUCCGUCCCAGAAGGGCGUUGUUGAUAUGCCUGGCGAGUGGCCUAUCGGAGACGAAGACACUUGGCGCAAAUCGCUCGCAGACCUGAAGAUUGAUCCGGACAAUACUCAGGAUGUGGCUACGUCCAUCGUUCGGCACAUCAACACGAGCUUGGGCAGGCAAGCUUAUAACGUUGAUGAGGUGGCAGCUUACCAGGCAACUGCAUUGAGUGUGAAAGAUCAGCUUCUCGAGCGAUGGAAUAACACUGCCGCGUACCACACGGCCAAGGCUCCUAAGCGUGUCUACUACCUUUCCAUCGAAUGGCUCGUUGGCCGCUCUCUCGACAAUGCCGUCCUCAACCUGGGUAUGCGCAACACUUAUGAGGAGGCUGACCGCAAGUUGGGUUUCAACUUUGAAGACUUGCUCAAUGAGGAGCGAGAUGCCGGCUUGGGUAACGGUGGAUUGGGGCGACUUGCCGCUUGUUACAUUGACUCGAUGGCAACUCUCAACCUUCCCGGCUGGGGUUAUGGGCUGAGGUACAACUACGGUAUCUUCAAGCAGCUCAUUUCCAACACUGGUGAACAGCUCGAAGCGCCCGACCCUUGGCUUGACCGUGAGAACCCAUGGGAGAUUCCUCGAAUCGACGUCUCCUACCCCAUCCGAUUCUACGGUACCUCCACUCCUAUCCCCGGCACCGACCGUUCCUCGUGGACCGGUGGUAUGGAGUGUCUCGCGGUAGCUUACGAUGCUCCUGUUCCCGGCUAUAACACAAAGAACUGCGCGAACAUCAGGUUGUGGAGCGCCAAGCCUGUGCAGGGCUUUGAUCUGAACUCGUUCAAUGCUGGAAACUAUGAAGCGAGUGUGGCUGCUAGCAGUGAAGUCGAAAACAUCACUCGUGUUCUCUACCCCAACGACAACAUGUACGCCGGCAAGAAGCUCCGAGUGAUGCAGCAGUACCUCUGGGUCUCUGCCUCCCUCCAAGACAUCCUCCGCCGCUUCACCAAGCUCGAUCUCCCUUGGUCGGCAUUGUCCGACUAUGUGUGUAUCCAGAUGAACGACACCCACCCGACUCUGGCGAUUCCAGAGUUGAUGAGGAUUCUCAUCGAUGAGGAGGAGGUGUCGUACGCAGAGGCAUGGGCUAUUACCCAGAAGGUGUUUGCCUAUACGAACCAUACUGUCUUGCCCGAGGCGCUCGAGAGGUGGCAGCUCGACCUCUUCGAGUCAUUGCUUCCUCGUCAUCUUGAGAUCAUCUACAAGAUCAACUUCGAGUUUAUGAACCAAGUUGCUAAGCGAUGGCCCGGCGACACUGACCGUCUCAGACGAAUGUCCAUCAUCGAGGAGGGAACCCCUAAAUACGUCCGUAUGGCUUACCUCGCCAUUGUCGCCAGUUUCAAGAUCAACGGUGUCGCCGAGCUUCAUUCGCAGCUGCUCCAGGCUACCAUCUUCAAGGACUUUGUGGAGUUCAAGGGAAGGGAUGCUUUCACCAAUGUGACGAACGGCAUUACCCCUCGUCGAUGGUUACUUCAAUGCAACCCCUCUCUCGCCGAACUCUGUACUCAUACGCUGGGGUCAGAUGACUGGCUCACCAACCUCAAGCUCCUCAAGCAGCUCUUGCCCAUGGCUGAGAACCCGGACUUUAGAAAAGCGUUCGUAUCGAUCAAGAAGGACAAUAAGAGGAGACUGGCGGACCUGGUUGAGGCCGAGUUGGGGAUCAUAUUGGAUGUUGACAGUGUGUUUUUGACGCAGAUCAAGAGGUUGCACGAGUACAAGCGGCAGACCCUGAACAUCUUUGGUGUCAUCUACCGCUACCUCCAAAUCAAAGCCGCCUCUCCCGCCGACCGCAAAAAGUUUACCAAACACACCCACAUCUUUGCCGCCAAAGCAGCCCCCGGCUACUACGUCGCGAAGCUCGUUAUUCGUCUUAUCAACAAUGUCGCCCGUGUUGUCAACGCCGACCCCGAUAUUGGCAACCUCCUCAAGGUUGUGUUUGUACCCGACUACUCGGUGUCGAUUGCAGAGAUCUUGGUGCCGGCCAGUGAUGUGUCUGUGCAGAUUAGUACGGCGGGGACAGAGGCGAGUGGUACGAGUAACAUGAAGCUGGCUUUGAACGGAGCGCUGCUUCUCGGUACUGUCGACGGUGCCAACGUCGAAAUCGCCGAAGAUGCCGGUGAAGACCAGUCCUUCCUCUUCGGAUACCUCGCCGAGCAAGUCGAUGGUAUCCGUUACACCAACACUUACCAGCCCACACCUCUCGAGCAGAGGUCAAACGAGCUGGCACAGGUGUUCAAAGCCAUCGAGAACGGCACGUUCGGCGACGGUGGCACUUAUGCGCCACUGUUGAAGACUGUUUACGAGCACGACUACUACCUUGUCUCCAACGACUUUGGUUCUUACCUUUCGGCUGAGAAGCUCAUGGACGAUUGUUUCGCCAACGACCCCACUGAGUGGACCAAGAAGUCCAUCCUGACCGCGUUCAACAUGGGUGACUUCUCUAGCGACAGGUCGGUGCAGGACUAUGCCGAUGGUAUCUGGAGUGUGGAGCCUUGUGAGGUGCCCGAGAACUUUAGUGUCUGA